AUGCUAAGCUUAUAUAAUUUAUAUGAUUUGUAUCGUUCCGUUAAAAAAACAGAGAAAUUGACUAAUAGACCAGAUUUAUGUAGUGAUCUUAGAACGUUAAUUUUAUAUUAUAAUCAAUUCGAUGAAAACUAUUAUAAGGAUGAUUCGAUCUUACGUAAUCUAUUAGAAAAACUUAGAGAUACAAUUCAAAAAAAUACGUGGCUAUCUGAAGUUAACUGUAAAGUGAAUUUAUCAGAUUUGCAGCCACUAAAAAAUGUUCCCACAAGAAAGGUACAAGAAACAUUUCUUUUAACAGAUUCACAUCAAGCAUCUACAAGUACUAAAAGAGAAAGCGAAAAUGUUGAAAAUAUAUAUCAAGGUGUAUCAGAAAUACAAGGACAAGAAGAAAAUCUACUAAAAAAAGUAGAAACAUUAGGAGGAUCAAAGAGAGAAUUAGAAGAAAAAGGAGAUGGAAAAGAUCUAGGAGGAAACAGUCAAGUAUUUCCCAAAACUUUGGAUUCAUUAUACCCUAAACAAACUAUCCAGGAAUUUGAAAGAUCUUUGAGCUCUGGGAAUAUAUCUGAUACAAUGCAUUCACCAACUAAACACAAUAAUUCAAGCGGGAUAUUAAAUCAAAUACAAUAUUCUCUUUCUGACACAUUACAAAAUAUUGAUCCCGUACCCGUAGUUGGUGUAUCUGGGGGUAUUAAAAAUAUGAAAAUUUAUCCAUGUUUUAACAUUAAAUUUAAAUUACCAUUAUUACCAAAUUACAUUUUAAAAUUCCUUAAAUUUUCUUAUAAAUAUUAG